AUGAAUAACAAUGGUCAAGAGAUUGAUCACUGGAAACCUCCCCCUAAUGAUUAUCUUACAAUUAAUAGUGAUGGUUCUUUUCAGUCUGUUAAUAAUCUUGGUGGCAUUGGACUAAUUGUGCGAAAUUGUGCAGGAACACAACGAGCAGCAAAGUGCAUCCACUUGAGGAGGAUCAGGAACGCGGAACACGCUGAAGGAUUGGGACUUUGGGAAGCUGUGCAAUGGUCUAAAGAACAAAAUCUAUCCAAGGUGAUCUUUGAGCUUGACGCGAAGUUAGUAGUAGAUGCAGUAUAUAAAGAUCAAGAAAUUAUUGAUUGGAGGAUGAAAAACUUGAUCAAUGACAUCAAACAGAACAGGGUUGCUGAUAUUCUUUCAAAAUUAUCUAGAGUGAAUGGUGUUACUAAAACUUGGGGUUUAGAACCACCAGAUGUUAUCUUAAGUCAGUUAGAUGAAGAUGCUAAGAAUGUGUGCUAA